AUGCUUUGCCAGCCUCCUGCGGCACGUCCGUCUGAGCUCCAGCUGCAGGUCGUUCUGAAGGCGCUGAAAAGCGAUGGCUGGGCUCUUCAGUGGGCUUCCGAGGAGCUCCGAAGAGACAAGGAUGUCAUUUUCAAGGCCCUGAAGAAGGAGGUGCGCUCCUUGCAGUUUGUGGCGGAGGACCUGCUGUCAGACCGAGACUUCUGCCUCGAGGCCAUCUCUAAAAACGGGUUAGCCUACGAGUUUGCGGAUCCGGAGGUCAAAGCAGACCGUGAGGUCGCUCGAGCUGCUGUCUGUCAGGAUGGUCUUGCGCUGGAGUUUGUUCCGGAGCAGUUCCAAUCGGACCCUGAACUAGUUCUGAAGGCGGUGCAAAACUGCGGCCUGGCUCUUCGCUUCGCCUCGCCGGAGCUUCGCGGCAACAAGGGCCUCGUCCUUACUGCCGCGAAGCAGGAUAGCUCGGCCUUCAAGUUUGCCUCACAGGAACUUCAGCAGAACCGUGACGUCUGGCUGCAGGUCUGCCCGAGCCGCUUGGGUCAUUGGCAGAACCGCAAUGAGGUUUUGCAGGAGGUGGAGAAGGAGGGUUUGCUGCUCCAGCUGGCCAACCAGCGCCUGGUCAGCCAGCCAGAGGUGAUGUUCAAGGCGGCUGUCAAGGAUCACCAUACCCUGCAACAUGCCAGCCCUGAGAUCUGCGCAGAUGUGGAUUUUGUGCUGCGCUUGAUCAAAGAGGAUGUGCGUGCCCUGACGUAUGCGGCAGAUGAGAUUCGCGCCGACCGUGAGGUUGCACUCAAGGCAACAGCUAUUGACGGCAGCUCGCUGCAAUUCUUCACGCAGGAGCUCUGUGAGGACAGGGAAGUGGUCCUCACAGCCGUGCGGCACACGGGUACUGCCCUGGCCUUCGCGGCCCCGGAGCUGCGAGCCGACCGAGAGGUUGUCCUCGCCGCAAUGGCCCAGAGCCGCACUGCGCUGCUCUUUGCGGCGGAGGAGCUACGGCGGGACAAGGCGAUGUGGCUGUACAAUGGUGAGGAGCCGCCGGUCUUCGACCCGCCGCCCGAGGAGGAGCAAGAGGCGUAUGGGCUCCGGAAGAUCACUGGAACCACCUACUGGCCUUAUGGCACAGGGCGGGACUGGUUCUUCGUUGGAGACCUGGAUUACAUGCACGGUCGACGGACACCGAAGGCCGAACGACUGCAAGACGCCCCCCGAGCCGUGUCAUGGCCUCCAUUGCGGAAAAAGCGGGGCCACCCUCAAGACAUGGUUUUCAGCCAAGCGUCCAUCCGCAGCAUGACGAGCACCGUGGGCGUGCCCUCGGUUCCAGGCGUCUUCGGUGGCAAGUCACAGCAGCCCCGGCUGUCCAUACGGACAUUGGAGCGCUGGAGGAGCCUGAAUGAAGCCACCUUUGGAGAGAUGACCGGAGGCGGAGAGCUGGAACGAUGGAGGACACCCGAAAGAGUGGCCUGCCACUUGCAUUGCAUCAGGAAUCGGCGGCCAGGGCAGCUGCUUCGGGCCAAGUGUGCAGUCGUUCAGGUCUUGAUCUUGCAAGGCGCUGUUCGCAGGCUGUCUGCGGCCCUUGAAAGCUCGGAUUCCGAGUUCCAACUAAUAGGAUCAGCCCAAAGUUCGUCUGUGCGCACGGGUGCUCCGGCGUCCCACGCUAGUGGCGAGCUACCGACGGCGAGCACCGCGGGCCAUCCGGCCGAGAGCAGUGAUCUAGGACAGUCUGUUUGCAUCGGCGUGCCAUCCCGUGGUGACGUCAUUGCUGUGUGCUCUGCAGCUGGCCUCUAUCUCCGAGAGACGCCCUUGCUUCGGGGAGCCGAGGUGCUAGUGACCGCUGUGCUGGUGAGAGAACAAGAGGGGAAGCUUAUCAUGGCCGUGCCCAGCUCAGCCUGGCACCGCAAAGUGACAAAACGCACCUUGCCACGUGGCUUCAUGUCUCGAGUUGGAGCUGCGGAGGUCGCCGCUUGUGUGAGCACAGACAGGCGGGAUGUGUUGGAGGCGGUAGUGGUCAGAGUUUGGCUCGGGCUUGUGGAUCCGCAGGCCGAGGCUUCCAUAUCGGUUCCCGACGAGCUGCCGGAGGAUUGCAUAGGUUUCGGGCGAAGCGAGACUGGGGAGGAGCUGCUCCCUUUCGUACCGGCCCUAGUGGCGGCCUCCAACGAGCACUUCACCUUUGCUUCGGCCGAGUCGGCAAAAUCGGGAGCAGAGAAAGAUGUGCUGUUGCAGCGGAUUGCUCGAUUGGAGGAAGCCGUACUUACCUUCACAGGCGGGACUCCUGCUACAUCAUCCGCGAAGGCCCCAAAGGCCCGGCCCAAGAAAGCCGCCCAGCUCAAAGCAGGGACAGGAGGAGGCUCUGGAGCCUCGUCCGCGGUACUGGACCCAUCUGUCACUGCAGCAGCUCGAGCAGCUGGAGUGUCGGAAGCCGCCCUGGCAGAAAUGGAGGGGUUGCUAAAGCGAGGGCGGACCGCUCGUUUCAAGGACGAGCCGCGAGCCUCGGCAGAUAUUGGAGGUUUGGGUCUCGAGGAGUCCGAGGAGGAGGAAGGUGGGGUAGGCGACGAUGGUACGGAAGAUCCACUCGCACUGCCCGGCACGGGGACUGUGACGAAACAGGGGAGUCAGGCAGAGGCCUUUGCAGCAGCGAUGUUUCGCAUGAUGGAGGGCUAUCAAAAGAAUGCUUCGAGAAGCGGAUCCUCCCUCGAGCGAGCCCUGGACGGUGCCGGCGGUGGUUCGGGCGAGGCUUCUUCAUUGCCCUCUGCGCGGCGCAACUCAGCUGCUCGGAAGGCCUUGCGGGACGCCUUGGCGAGCUCUCCUGCCGAAAUCAGUGCAGUGAUAGAGGGCUUGAUGUCGGAGGAGCAAGAUCUCUUCGUUUCCCACAAUGGUCUGGGCUUCUUGGAUCAUGGCGGGGGCUUUAGACUGUCUGAGGUAGCCCCACCCUUUCAUGCCUACCGACAGCACGAGCACCACCACACGGGUCAGGUGUAUUCGCGACUGUUGGAUCCGAGGUGGGCCGAAGUCGCGAUCGCUCACUUGAAGGAUCAGGCAGAGUUCAUCGACAAAAGGGCUCGCCUCACCAAGAACCCGUCCCCCGUCCCUCCCAGCGACAACGCACAGGAGGCCCAUCUCCAGGUGAGUCGCCCGAUUCGGCGUGUCCGCGUGUGGUGCCUUGUCGGCACCAACGUGCUUUACAUGGCCGUCCCCUGUUGGAAGCUGAAAAGCAUCAGUCUCGCAGUGGCUUGUUUGUCGUGGUUGCACCUUGGCAAGCCGGCUGCUUGCCCUCCGGAAAUCAGGCUUGGCACGCCCCUGAACAAGCAUCAGAAGCUUUGUGUCCAGCGGCUGGAGGCUGCUAUGUUCGGCACGCGUUUUCCUUUUGAAUUUUCCGCCGCUGACUUCGGGCGGCAUGCUGCGAAAGUCGAAUCCCAGACGGAUGUACUUGCUGCUCUCGGCCGAGCUGCUGAGAGCCUCUCACGGGAGUGGGGUUACCUUAGUUCAGGUGAAGGUUUUCGCUUGGGUGAUGCUGCCAGACAGCGCAGCCGGCUCGAGCCCACCGCCGAACCCUGGACUUCCAACGAACCCUUGCUUCGUGGCCCCGCUCCCACCGUGGCUCGUCCUAUCAUCGCUGACAGAAUCAAGUUGCCAGGGCCACCCCGCUUCAAGCCGCAGAAAUUCAUGGACGAGCGCACUGCCGCUCGUUACAACGAUCCCUUGUCUUUUGCCAAGCAUCCUGCCGAAUGUCCGGCGCCUCCUAAGGUGAAAGUGUUAGCAGCGGUGCAAGAGAAGCUGAAGCUUUAUCGUGCUCUAGCUGAUUCUCAGCGUUUGGUGCCCGCAUUGGAACCCCCGGAGCGUGCGGGGUUCGGUGCUGGUCUGUUCGCGGUUGGUAAAGAUGAGUCUCGUGAUCGCCUCAUUCUUGAUGCGAGGCCGGGCAACGGGCUGGAACAAGGAGCUGACUUGAAGGAUUGCUUUUACCAGUUUGUUGCCACACCUUCAAGGAUCACCAGGUUGUCGCCUGAGCUACGGGGCGAACUUGCCGCUCUUGCUCUUCUCGGACCUUUGUGUGCUGUGAACCUUCGGGCCCCGGUGGACUCAAUGAUCACGGCCACCGAGUGCGAGCUCCCGGGCGGUGAUGUGUACCAGGCGCUUCCGUUGUACUGUGGCCUUGCUGUCGUACCCCGCUAUCGUGAGUUGUGGAAGCGUGAGUAUGGCGGGAAGGCAGCGACCUCUGCUGCAGGGUUCGGUGUCGAUGGGGAUGAGUUUGAUCAAAACCAGUUGCUCGAGCUGGCAGGGGAAGAAGAAAGGCGAGGCGCGUUACCUCAGUUUCAACACCCCUUGCCGACAUACCUUUGCCUCUGCCCUCGCGCUGCGUCUUGUGCCAUGGCCCUGUACCCGACUUUUCAGUCUUCUGACAAACCGGAGGGCGUGGCACACAUGGCGCCGACUACGUGGCGUAAGGUUCUGCGGGACAACAGUCUAGCUAGGUGGUUCUCUGACGUCAAAACGCUCUGUGCAGAGCUUGGGAUCGGCUAUGCGAUUGAUUGUCCUGAUUCUUCGUUUUGGUGGCUCCAGAAUGGGUGGGCUAACGAAGCAGAUCGCGCUUCUCCCCACACUUGGCGGCUCGACUUGUGUCGCUUGGGUGCUCCUUGGCGAAAGCGCUCUCGCAUAGCUACCAACACUAGUUUGGCUGGGGCCCGGUUGCUCUGCUCUGGUUCCGGCCACCGGCGUUUGUUUGGGUUCUCGUGUGCACACCAGCGCUCUUGGACCAUUGUUGCGCAGAACCGGCCCAGAGGUUACGAGACCACAGUGGCUAUGGCUUUGGCGGCAUACGCGGGCUGGACUUCCGAACGCCCGCUUGAUCGUGCGGCGUGCGCCAAGAUCCCGAAUUGCUGCCGGAUUGGGGAGGCGUCUCAUCCCGGGCCUCGGCCUUCCGCCGCAAUCAACCGGUCCUUGGAUUUGGAAUCCCAGCCUCUGUACUCCCGUGUCUCCGAGUCCCUCGGCCUCCGGGCUUGGGCUUCCUUCCUGGCGUGGUGCUCCCGUUCGUUGUCGUUCGACCCCGAGCCCGUCUUCGUUAGCUGCCCUGCGCUGAUGGCCAUGGCCCUUCGAUCCUAUGGGAACUGGCUCUUCCAAUCUGGGGGUUCCCUGCAAACGCUGCGGUAUGCGAUCCUCGCUGGACAACGCUUAUCCUGGAAUGUUCGCGGACAGCUGGGUCCAGCUUGGGAGCUGGUUUCGCGUUGGGAACGGCAACAACCUGUGAAGCAUCGCACCCCGGCUUUCGCAGGUGGGCUGGCGCCACUGUCGCUGCUUUUUAUGGGUUGGCGAGAAUCGGGGAGGGGCGGGGCCAAGAUCCAGCAUUUGCGAGUCGAUGAGCCGAUCGCCGUGAAAAUCCUUUCUGAAGUCUUCUGCCAACUCGAGGGCGACGAAAAGCUCUACCCCUUCAGCCCAGCAGCUUACAG